AUGGCUUCCAUCAUCGACACCGUCAAGAACACCAUCGCCGAGAACUUUGGUGGUCUCGCUGAACAACUUGCCACCCACCAAUUCGCCCUCUCUGAAACCCCCAACUUGUCCAAUAAAGUGGCCGUUGUGACGGGCGGAAGCGAGGGCAUUGGCUAUGGUGUUACCCAUACCCUCCUUACCCACGAUAUCAGCAAGAUCUUCAUCCUUUCUCUGUCCGAGGAGGUCGUCAAGGGCGCCAAAAAGUCCGUAGCUGAAGAGCUCGGGCAGGAGAAGGCUGAACGCACAGAAUGGGUGCAAUGCGAUCUGAGUAACUGGGCUGAGGUCAAGAAAGCCGCUGAUCAAAUCAAGAAUUCAACUGAUCGUCUUGAUAUUCUCGUCAACAAUGCUGGGCGGGGCAUUCAGACUUACCAGCUUUCAGCUUAUGGUGUCGAUCAACACAUGGCCACGAACCACUUUGGUCAUGUGCUCCUCACAUCCUAUCUCCUAGAGCUUCUUAAGAAGACUUCUGAGGAGCACGGUGUUGUGAGGAUUGUGAACCAAGCUUCCAAUGCCCACCAGGGUGCCCCCAGCGACGUCAAGUUUGAGAGUCUGGACGAACUCAACACUGAUCUUGGACCAAACCCUCAAUACGGAAGAUCCAAGUUGGCCAACAUGCUUUACACUCGUUACUUCGAUCGCAACGUAACCAAGGCUAGCUCACCCAAGAUCCUGAUGAAUGCUACUCAUCCUGGCUUCGUCAGCACGAGACAGAGCUUAGAGCACAUUCAUGAAGCGUAUCCCCUUGCUGGAUACAUGAUGUCGACUGGCAUGGAGCCUUUCAAAAAGGAUCAAUUCCAGGGUGCCACCAGUGCAGUCUAUGCCGCAACGAUAACUGACAAAUCGGGCCAGUACAUUUGUCCUCCUGCUGUACCAGAAUCGGGUAACGAGAAAUCACAGGACGAGAAACUUGGUGACCAGUUGAUGGAGUUGACAAGAAAGAUCAUUAGUGAAAAGUUCGAGUCUUUUGAUGACCGCAAAUUUUAUUAG